AUGGAGGCUUCCGGUGCUUCGCCUCGGUCCUUGUUCCUUCCCUCCACGUCGGGCACCAAGCGGAAGCGCUCAGCGGAGACGGUGGGGCCUGCAACAAGAAAACAACAGGUCCUAGAUGAAGAAGAAUACAUCGAGGGCCUUCAGACAGUCAUCCAGAGGGACUUCUUUCCUGAUGUGGAGAAGUUGCAGGCACAGAAGGAGUAUCUAGAGGCUGAGGAGAAUGGAGACCUGGAGCGCAUGCGCCAGAUUGCCAUCAAGUUCGGUUCUGCCCUGGGAAAGAUGUCCCGAGAGCCCCCACCUCCCUAUGUGACUCCAGCCACAUUUGAAACUCCCGAAGUACACACAGGCCCUGCUAUGGUGGGCACCAAACCCCGGCCCCGGGACCAGGGACCAGAGGAUGCAGAAGAGGCCGGUGAGGAGGAGAAGGCACCUCUGCCCAGCCUGGACGUUUUCCUGAGCCGCUACACAAGUGAGGACAAUGCCUCUUUCCAGGAGAUCAUGGAGGUGGCCAAAGAGAAGAGCCGGGCCCGCCACGCCUGGCUCUACCAGGCUGAGGAGGAGUUUGAGAAGAGGCAGGAAGAUAACCUUGCACUGCCUUCGGCAGAGCAUCAGGCCAUCGAAAGCAGCAAGGCCGGGGUGGAGACGUGGAAAUACAAGGCCAAGAACUCCCUCAUGUAUUACCCAGAGGGUGUUCCUAAUGAAGAGGAACUGUUCAAGAAGCCUAGACAGGUGGUGCAUAAGAACACUCGCUUCCUCAGAGACCCCUUCAGUCAGGCCCUGAGCAGAUCCCAGCUCCAGCAGGCAGCUGCCCUCAACGCCCAGCACAAACAGGGCAAGGUGGGCCCCGACGGCAAGGAGCUGAUCCCCCAGGAGUCACCCAGAGUGGGCGGAUUUGGAUUCGUGGCCACCCCCUCUCCUGCCCCUGGUGUGAAUGAGUCCCCUCUGAUGACCUGGGGUGAGGUUGAAAACACACCCUUGAGAAUAGAAGGGCCAGAAACACCCUACGUGGACCGGACUCCAGGGCCAGCCUUCAAGAUCUUGGAGCCAGGGCGUCGGGAGCGCCUUGGGCUGAAGAUGGCCAAUGAGGCUGCUGCGAAGAACCGAGCCAAGAAGCAGGAGGCCUUACGGAGAGUCACAGAGAACCUGGCCAGCCUCACCCCCAAAGGCCUGAGCCCAGCCAUGUCCCCAGCCCUCCAGCGCCUCGUGAGCAGGACAGCCAGCAAAUACACGGACCGGGCCUUGCGAGCCAGCUACACACCUUCCCCAGCACGCCCAGCCCAUCUCAAGACCCCAGCAGGUGGUCCCCAGACCCCCACCAGCACACCAGCUCCAGUCUCUGCCACCCGCACGCCCCUCAUCCAGGACCCAGCUUCCAUCACGGACAACUUACUACAGCUGCCUGCCCGGCGCAAAGCCUCAGACUUCUUCUAG